ACAGCUGUAGAAAAACAGAGAGAGAGAGAGUGAGAGAGAGAGAGAGAGAGAGAGCACGAGUGGGCAAACGAGAAACCUCUCGCUCUCAGUUUUCAUCCUCGUUUAAAGAGCUGGCAGCAGUGAAAGAGAAGAAUUACAGCCACACUAAUUUCUUCAGCUUCUGUCAGUGGAGAUAUCCCUUCUUUAUCAUCAUCAUCAUCAUCAUCACUGCUUCUGAACACACAGGCGAUGGCUGAGGUGGAGCUGCUCUCCACACCCCAUCAUAUUGAGAUCAGCGAUGUGACCUGCGACUCGUUCCGGAUCACCUGGGAUAUGACCCCUGAGGACGCGUCCCGAGUGACGCAUUACUUCAUCGACUUGAGCCGCAAAGAGGGCAGCGAGCACAACCGCUUCAAGCACAGAGAUGUCCCCACCAAGCUAGUGACAAAAGCAGGACCCCUGCCGAUGGCUGUGAGAGGCCACUGGUUCCUGAGUCCUCGAACAGAGUACUGUGUGGCUGUUCAGACUGCCAUCAGACAGCCGGACGGAGACUAUCAUGUGUCUGAAUGGAGCCAAGUAGUAGAGUUCUGCACUGGAGAUUAUGCCAUGGAGCAUCUCCAGCAGCUGUUAGAUAAAGCUCAGGCUGCUGCGGGGAGGCUGCUCAGGUUCUCCGUCUUCUACCGCAAUCAGAGUCCUGAAUACUUCCAAUAUGUCAGGUCAGAGUGUGGAGGUGCAAUGCUCCCAUCUUUCAAAGACAACAGUGGAAGUCACGGCUCCCCCAUCAACGGAAAGCUCCGUGGCGUCUUCCUCAGCUGCAGCACAGAGUUCGACACAGGCCUCCCUCCUAAAGACUCCCCAUACGGCCCUCUGCGUUUCCAAAUAUCUGCCGAUCGUGUCCUCACCCUGAGUACAAACCUCUACUUUGCUGACUUCUACUGCAUGUACACAGCGUACCAUUAUGUAGUGCUGGUGCUGGCCCCUGCUGGAUCGGAGGGGGAUAGCUUUUGCAACAGCCGCCUACCACGACUGGACCUGUCAAGCAAUCCCUUCCUGACAUUCACCCCUGGAGACGCACCGGCCUUCUGUCACGCCAGUGAUGUGAUUCUGGAGGUGCUCUACACAGAGCCCUUGCUUCUGGAGCACGGCAUACUCUCUCAGAUCAGUGGCCGUCACCAGCUCAUGAGUCUUUCCACCGCAAACGCCAAAAAAGACCCGAGCUGUAAGGUGUGCAAUAUCAGCGUGGGCCGCUGAGCUGUGAAUGGCAGCUAUCACUGGAAGUGCAACCGGAAACCGGAUCGUGAGAACCUCUCUGGUCUGGAAAUGGACCCAAAGGCAUAAUGAGGAUCUGAAUAAAUAUUCACUUAUGAAAAUUUGAAAAUACACCAAAGGCAUUGCACAAAAGAGGCAAUUAAAAAUAUAAAAAAAUGAAUGGGGCCAUGAUAGUCUGGCCACUUGUCGUGAAUCAAAGCCAUAUGGUCUGUGAGGAAACUAUUCAGAUCUUAAAGAGACUGUUCACCCCAAAAUAUUUCAUCAUUUACUUACUGUCUUUUAAAACUUGUAUUUUAAAGCACGAUAAAAGUGGUCCAUGGGACUAGUGUUAUAUUUUUAAAGUCUUCUGAAGCCAUAGCUUGUGAGUCUAACCGUAUAUAAAGGUUACAUUAUUGAAUUAUGUAAUUGAUUAUGUUUUUUUUUUUUUGUAUUAAGUCUUUUGGAUUGUCACCUGUAAUUCAUUUCAUGUGUCGUUGUGUGCAUGUAUAUGCAUAAAUAUGUUACAUUAACUGUAUUGAAUGCUUUAACAUUAAAUAAAAGACUUUUGAGAGUUUCUGCAUGUU